UUUGACAACUUUGACAUGUUUAUGUUAUGAUUUGAGUUUCAUAUUUGAAAAAUAGUUAAAGCAAAAAAAUUCCGUAUGCAAAUUAACGAAUAAAGCCAUACCAUGGCAGGAGUUGUGCCGAAAAAACCGUCAUCUGGUCGAAAACAAUGGACUUUACACGGUGGACCCAAAAGUUCUCUCAAGCGCCUUAGGAGCCAAUUAGCUUCUGAUGGCUGUCCAGAAUCUCAAGUCGUACUUGCCAAGCAGUUAUUAGACGAAGAAUGUGAAUCUGAUGUGGAAAGAAGAGAAAACGCCAGGCUAGGCGUGUACUGGUUGAUGAAGGCCUCUGAACAAGGCAAUAUUGAAGCAACCGAACUGCUGAAAACAUGCUUGCAAACCGGAAAGGGCAUCACCGAGCACAAUUACAUGGACGUCAAGUCCUGUAUUUCCAUGACCCAGGAUGAAAAGCUGGCUAGGAAGGCUGCUCGAGAAAUGUUCGCCAGUUUAUCUAACGGCGGAGAAUAUAUAACUUCCGAUCAGCUUCAGCGGAAGAUUCUGGCCAUAGACCGAGGCGAGACCUGUUCCAAGUCCACGGAAACAAGCGACUUUGAUGGGGACCGUACAGGAAAUGGGGAGUUGGUGAAUGAUUUCGAGGAACUAAGCGAGUUUUCAGAAGAAGAAACUGACUGGUCGCAAAAGUCAGACUGCAGCAACGAAAAAUUAACAGAGGAUCACAUUGUAUCUGCAGCAGUGGAUUAUUCGCACGGCCAGCUUCCUCUCGUGAAUCAAAUACUGUGUCUGUCUGAUCCUAACUUGAAAGCUCUCGAUCACAUUCCUUUCGUCUAUCGAUCCGUGCUGCACCCACUCUUAGCCUUGAAGAUACUCUAUUACAAGUUGGUUAGAUUCCUUGGGCAGAAAACUCUGCCAUUUUUGUACCCUCUAGUCAAAUCUGAGCUUCACAUUGUGGUCUUGAUGGCUGCUUACGUGUUUUUCAGUAGCGACAAUGUAUUGUAUUUUCUCCCUAUGCUGGUGUACUACACUUCUUUUUUUGUUAUGGUUUGUGCUACCUUCCAGAUGCUGCAGAACCAGAGGGAGUUUAUAGAUUUCCGGCUGUGGUCUGGGCUUUUCCUCUGCUACUCUGGUGGGAGCUUGAAUGCUGAAGAAACCGAGCACCAGUACAUUCGAAAUAACAUGAAGCCCUACGGUCAGUUCUUUCUCAGUUUCCUGAUCAAUCUCUUGGUGUAUCCGGUUAUUUCUGAGCAGUGGAUUCCCCAGUCCGAGCUUACUAUCGUAACGUUUCUUUUGACUUUCACUACGCUGCUAGGUUUUAUGCCUAAGCACCGAUCCAAAACAGUUUUUGAUCCUCUUGUGUUGUUCAGCUUUGCCGUUAACGUUCUGGCAAAGUACCCCUACGAAACAGACCCAGUCGUAACCCAGGGCUGGAGAUUUUUGGAGCUAAAAAUCCCUACAUUCCCCAGCUACGUGAUAGGCAACGGGAUAGAGUUCUGCAUCAGCUUUCGGUUUGUCCUGUACGCAUCCAUUCCGCUGAUUUUUUUGAGGGUUGCAUACCGGCAGAGAUGGAGAGGAACGUACAAAAUGCUGAUUCCUCACUGUGUGACGCUAGCCUGGUUGCAGAUCUGCAUCAUCAGCUCGCAGGGGGCAACGAUGUUUGGCUUACUGCGGGGAACCCUGGCGCUGGUUGGAGUGGUGCUCUUCUUGCCUCUGGUUGGCAUCACGAGUGUUAUCCUGCCGGUUGUUGCAGUUACCAAGUGGAUAAUCACUUCCAAUCUGAUUUACACUGUCUGCGUGUUUGUGAUACUGAGCACCCUUGGGAUGGGAAUCUGCUAUGUCUGCGCGCAAACCAGGUACAAAAAAUAUACUGCCAUAAUCCAAAUAGUGCUUAUGGUACUGGCAUUCCUGGUCUUGAUCAACUCCUCUGCCAGGGAUCAGGUGGACGGCUACUUUGAAGAAGCCAAGUCCCCCCAAGAGCUAAGCUGGAACGUGUUCCAGAGGUUCUGCCAUCAACCAGUGUGGCAGGAAGAAAACUUUGCCGUGUCACAGAUAAAAUGUGCCGAUUUGGAUGGAAGCAGGGUGCACUGGAGUGGUUAUAUAAGCGACAUAAAGGUCAUGUCCAUAUCGAACACCUACAAGCGAUUAUUCGACAGAUUCCCCUCGAGACUGUCUCGCAACUUGUACUGUUUAUUCGGAGAAGAGACCGAGUCAGACUGCGAAAGAGUUCCCGAUAUCGUCAAGGAGGACUGUAUGACAUUUUUUGAUGCCAUUCGCUCGGUGAGUAGGUGUUCCCUAAGGAAGUACAACAAAUACACCUUCGAAAUCGUCUUGAAGAUGGAUACAGGCAUCUGGGGCAAAGCCACGGAGGCGAGUCUUGUAGCUCCAGAUUCUUUAAAGAAUUUCGUCCUCAAAUUACGCCCCACCGACGAAAUCUGGUUCAAGGGUACUCUGUUCAACAACGAAAUAAUUGGGGCUGAUGGUAUUCUAGGUGGUUCGAAGCCGCACAUAGAUCUGGAAGAACUUGGCUGCGUUUCUUGCCAAGACAGCAGUUUACGUGAAAUUAAACUGUCAAGUUCAGUAGGAAUCGAUGUCCGGACUAUCCCCAACACUCUGUAUGCGAGCUGCAAGUUCAUACUCAAUGUGUUCUUGAAUCCUUUGGUUGUUUUUAAGUGAUUAUUUUAAGACGUUAAAUUUAUGGCAGUAUUGUGAAUAAACAUAAAUGAAAAUAAAAUAUUUAUUGUUGUGAAACUCCCAUACUCGUUGUUUGUAAGUAAUGCUUUUAUAUAUAUAUGAACCUAAA